UACGUACUUUCCGUCUUCCUGAUUCUCACCAUCUAAUCGCUUGGCUCUGCGACGUAGCUCUCUCUGCAUCAACAACUUUGGGCAACAAAAUUCGCUUCCCUCUCCAAUCCACGAACUCCCAUCCACCACGGACGAACAACAAUCAUGUCAAAUUUACAUGCUGUCUCACAGCCUCGGCGAGCACCUCCCGGCACUGCCGCAGCCAACGGUAACAAUGCGUCUCCCGUGAGCGCUGCGUCGGCUACGUCUCAAUCGGAUAUCCCAAAUGCUUCGCUAAUCCAACUAUCCCCCCGCGUGUCCAGAUCGCCAGCACGAUCCCUCAAGGAGGAGGAGGAGGAGGAGGAAAAACGUUGCUGGAUUUGUUACACUAGCGAGGCAGAGGAGGAGCUACCAAAAAGCGAUUGGAAAUCGCCAUGCAAAUGCACUCUCGUGGCUCACGAGUCGUGUUUGCUUGAAUGGAUUGCGGAUCUUCAACGACCCGAGAACAGCAAUCCUGGGGGUAAAAUUGCUUGUCCCCAGUGCAAAACCCAGAUCAUGCUUAAGGAACAGAGAAGCCUUGUGUUGGACACCGUUGAGGGGGUUACGAGGGUUGUUGGAAGGGCCGUUCCUGUUCUAUUACUUGCUGGUGUUGGUUCCGUGGUGUUUGUUGGGUGCACGGUUUAUGGCGUCAACACAAUAUAUGCUGUUUGCGGCCCGGCAUAUGCAAACCAGAUCCUACUCGGAAGGAAUUCCGAAUUCGCUUGGACGUGGCGUCUCGGCAUCGGUCUUCCUCUUAUCCCAUUCGUGCUCGUAGCAUCUCGUACCCGCACUUUCGAAUCCGCUCUUCCGGUUCUCCCUUUAAUCUUCUUCUGUCAUUCCGACCCACUUUACUUGUCGUUUCCACCAUCACCAGCUAUCACUCUAGCAGUGUUACCCUACUUAAGGGGAGCGUAUAAUAGUCUUUGGAGUCGUUUCAUAAGUCCUUAUGAAGAUCGUUGGAUCAAGGAUGUCACCCCGGCUUAUGCCCUAGAAAAUGCUGAGAACCGGCAGGCGGCCAACCAGAACAUCAAUAAUCAAAGAAGGCAGGAGAACGUUAACGGCCAACAAGGGAAUCGGCAGGCGGGAGAGAACGGAGAAUUUGGCGCGGAGGCUGCCGUAAACGGCAAUAGGUGGGAUGGAGAGGUCCACCUUGAGAACCACAACAUCAUCAUCCAGGGAAGCAACAUCACAAAUAUGAUCCUGGGGGCACUACUUUGGCCAAGCGUUGCAAGGAUGGUAGGGGAGAACGUUCUUGGGAAGUGGCCCAAAGCCUGGGGAGGUGACGUUGUAAGGAAGCUGCUUCCGGAGGGUGUCGUGAGAAAUGUUGUUGGUGGGCUUAUGGCCGUGGUGCUAAAGGUAUGUCAUGCUUUGCUUUUCGUUGCAUCGGUUUCGGGAUCCUGCGCAGUUCUGCUUCCGGGUGUUGGUUUCCCGAAUGUUGGUACCCGGUUCACUGGGAGGAAGGAAAUCCACACCCUCGGUGCAGCACGAACCGCGACUGUGGGCAACCGGUUGUGUUUUUUUUCUUUUCCCGUGCCGCCAAGAGUCGAUGACGAGUGAUAGAACACUUAUCGUGUUAUACGUUCCAUCACUUCAAUUUCCCCAACUGCUUCUUUCCAUGAUCACCCUAUUUUGCUUUUUCUACGCCCUCCCUUCCCGUUGGACCCUUUGGAGCCCACAUGACACAAGACCGCAAGGUGCUAAAAGCUGUUUUUGUUUUACUGAUGAGGCGUGUUCAAUCUAGGACUUUAUCUCCUUGUACUGCAAGUACAAACGUGCUCAGCAAUUCCGGACCAGAAAGGUUAUGGAUUACAGCGAUGUGAAAAAGGAAAAAGAGCAAGAGAAGGACAAGGAGAGGGCCAGAGCUGCGGCAGCCACUGGUUCGAGUAGAAGGUAGUGGUUACGGUGAUAGGCGCGCAGUCCGCAGCCUUUCUCACGAGUUAUCCAUCUACUUCAUGUAUUGCAUAAAGAGGGCAACCCUUUUUCUAUUACCGGCAGCCCUCCUCUCCCUUUUCUUUGUUUUCUGUUGGUGAUCUUCAGCUUGCUGUCUUACGGCGCUGUUGGAACUAUGCGCACGAUUGCCUUGGUGGUGGAUACCAGUUACCGGUAUCACGGUUCUCAUUUACUUCUAUCAUAGUUAAACUUUCCUUUCCUUUCCUCUUUCCUGUGCCCACUCAUCGAAUGUCUCUCAUCUCCCUCUUUCUAUUAUACCGGUAUCUGAUCCCCUCCACAGCAUGGAUGGAUGGGUGGAGCACUCUUGUUUCAUUUCAUUCCCAACCCUUUCUUUCUUUCCUUCCUCGGACCGGGAGUUGUUUGAUUGCAAUCCAUAUUCCUUUGUUUUAUUUUCUUCCUUUUAUUUAUCAUUAAAAUAAGGAUAGUAGGAAAUUAUGUAAUGUAAAACGAAAUGGGACAUGCGCAUGAAAACCA